CCAGGCAGCUUCCAUGGAAAAAUGCGGAGUCGACAUUUCGGGCCGAAACCCUUCGGCAGGUUCUAGAUUAAUAAGGGCAUCAGAGGUUAUGGACAGAAGGCAAGAGAUCGGUGUUGAGAGGGAAUGUAAGUCAGAUGAUGGAAUGGUGGGGUAGAGUUGAUGGGCUGAAUGGUCUAAUUCUGCUGCUCUGUCUUAAGGUCUCAGCUGGUUCUGUCCAGCUGCCUCUCCAAGUGCCUUUGUGCAUUCACACUCAUUCUCUUUGUUCUCUCCGCAGUCUGACCCAGCAAGCACAGGCUACAUCAGUGCCGAGAAGUUCCGGGGUCUGCUGCACACUCACGGGUCGGAGCUGGAACCACACAAGCUGGAGGUACUCCUGGCGCUGGCGGACAGCAGCUCAGAGAGUGGCAUCUGUUACCAGGACUUUGUCAACUUGAUGAGCAGCAAAAGGACCAACAGCUUCCGCCGUGCCGUUCUCCUGGGCAGCCGCCGUCUGCGGGCCAACUCGCUGCUGGAGGAGACGGGCCUCACCCUGGGCCAGCGUUUCAUCAGGCACAUCGCGUACGAGACCCUACCCCGGGGGCUGGACCGCCGCUGGUACUACGACAGCUACACCUGCUACCCGCCGCCCUGGUUCAUUGUCACCGUCACUGUUCUGGAGAUUGUUACCUUCAUCUACUAUGGGCUGGUGCUGGAUAGGUGGGUGCUACAGGUGGCACACCCGUCCUACCUAGAGAACCCGCUGGUGUACCAACCUCAGCUCCGGAGGCAGGCCUGGCGUUACCUCAGCUACAUCUUCAUGCACGUGGGGGUGGAGCACCUGGCUUUCAAUGUAACGCUGCAGAUUCUGGUCGGUGUUCCCCUGGAGAUGGUCCAUGGAUCCCUCCGAAUCAGCUUCAUCUACCUCAGUGGGGUUCUUGCAGGUUCACUGGGCGUAUCGGUGGCAGACAUGACUGCGCCCGUAGCGGGUUCCUCGGGAGGAGUUUAUGCACUCAUCUCUGCACAUCUGGCCAACGUAGCCAUGAACUGGUCUGGAAUGAGAUGUCAGUUCAAACUGAUCCGGAUGGGAAUUGCCAUGAUUUGUAUGAGUCUGGAGUUUGGCCGUGCUGUCUGGUUGCGAUUCCACCCACCCGCCCACCCGUCCUGUGCCCAUCCCAGCUUUGUGUCUCACCUCGGCGGAGUGCUGGUGGGGAUCACGCUGGGAGUGGUGAUCCUCAGGAAUUACGAGCAGAAACUCCACGAACAGUCCAUCUGGUGGAUCUUUGUCCUCGCCUAUCUCGUCUUUGUGCUCUUUGCCAUCCUCUGGAACAUCUUCGCCUACAGUCUCCUAGAAAUCGGAAUGCUUCCCCCAGCUUAAUACUCAGGACUGGUCAAGCCAGCAUGAUAUCACAACCCGGACUUUAAAGUUUAGCUUUAUUCGUCACAUGCACAUCAAAACAUACAAAGAAAUGUGUCAUUUUGCGCAAACAACCAACACAGUCCAAAGAUGUGCUAGGGGCAGCCCGCAACUUACUUGCCCUAACGCGUACGCCUUUGGAAUGAGGGAGGAAAUCCCUGGAGCACCAGGAAACUCACAUGGUCACAGGGAAAAAAUAUAAACUCCUUCCAAACAGCAGCAGGAACUGAACCCCAAUCACAGGCUCUGCAAAGCUGAUGUCUUUGGACAUCACUUUUAACUGAUUGAAACAGAUGGAUAAAUGGACAUUGGGAUUUGAUUGAAUGGUGCCUUGCUAAAGCUCGUAACAACAAGAUCUGCAGUGGAAAAGCAGAGCAGCUUCAUGUUGCUGAGUGAAGAUCUAUCCAGGGCUCAACAUGUUGAUACAAUUAUGAAGAAUGCAUGAUAGCAGCUAUAUUUCAUUAGGAGCUUGAGGAGAUUUGGACUGUCACCAGUCUAGCAAAUUUCUAUAGUGGAGAGCGUUCUAGCUGGUUGUAUCGCUGUCUGGUAUAGAGGAGCCACUGCACAAGAUCGGAAUAAGUUGCAGAGGGCUGUAAACUCAGCCAGCUCCAUCAAUGGCACAGGCAAACCCACUAUUGAGGACAUCUUCCAUCACUAAGGCCAUGCCUCGGCACAGGAGCAGAAUUAGGCCAUUUGGUCCAUUGAGUCUGCUCCACUCUUCUCAUUACCACCAUCAGGGAGGAGAUACAGAAGCCUGAAGGCCCAUACUCAGCCUUUUAGGAAUAUUUCAUGGACUGCUCAGAAACAUGAUGGUGGAGGGGAAGAAGCUGUUCCUAAAAGAUUCAGUGUGGGUCUUCAAGCUCCUGUAGCACCUCCUUGAUGGUGGCAAUGAGAAGAGGGCAUGUCCUGGGUGAUGAGGGUUUCCUUAUGAUGGAUGCUGCCUUCCUGAGGCACCACUCAGUGGGGCUGUGUUACACUGGGAAUCAGAAUCAGAUUUAUUAUCACUGACGUGUCGUGAAAUCUGUUGUUUUGCAGCAACAGUACAGAAUCAGAUAUAAAACUUACAGUAAGUUAAAUAACUAAUACAAGACAGCAAUAAUGAGGUAGUGUUUAUGGGCCAUUUAGAAAUCUGCAGGUGGAGUUCUCAUCAGCUACCUACUGUCUGUUAGACUGCUGGUGUUCAGGGCAGCAAGGAAGCUGCUCCAUCUCUGGGCGUACCGGACUUCCUUCAUUGUAUCAGUAGCUUCCUCUCAGCUUUCACUCCUGUCAUUCAUGCAAGUUCCGGGUGGAGACUCAGGAAAACCAUUGCAUUCAGAUGUAGAAGGACCAGUGGACAAUUCUUUGCUGGCCUCGACCCUUUGACCUGUUUGGCCUGGGUGAUCCUACCAGCAGCCAACACAUUCCAGGUCAAUGAGGCACGCAGGUCUCCAAAACCAUGAUAAGGUUGUGGUCCUCCUGGAGAUUCUCAACACCAGUUAACAAGCUGCACUACAUCCCGACUAUUACAGUGAGCAAACAUAUGGUACAUUUUCUCUCAUGUUUGUCCUUUUUUGUAACACCUGUUUAAUACUACAAACUCCGAGUGCCAAUUAACUUCUAUAGAUAAGGUUUUACCAACUGUACAUAACUGUCCAAACUCUGUAAAUAAGGUUUGCGAUGAUGGUCUGUAGAUAAUUUGACCGGUCUGGACAAUGAUCUUAUGGACAAUACACCACAAUAAACAGAAAACCUCACUGAACAAAUCUACAGUUAAAAUGCAGAAAAUUUUUUAAAAAUAGUUUAAAGGAAUUUCUAAAAAUCUGCUCUGUCAAUAUCAAUUUAGUCAAAAAGCAGAACAGUCCAGCACAAUACAGGCCCUUUAGCCCAUCGAUGUUGUGAUGUCUGUUUAACCUACUCUAAGAUCAGUCUAAACCUACCCUCCCACUUGAAGGAUGAUCCAAGCCCCACAAAUCUAUGAGCAGAGUCUGUUGGGGGUGUAUUUUGUCUCUUGUAUUUAUUUAUGCAGGGAGAAGCUAGGAGAUUGGGGCUGAGGGAAAAUGGAUCAGCCAUGAUGAAAUGGUGGAGCAGACUCAAUGGGCAAAUGGCUUAAUUCUGCUCCUAUAUCUUAAGGCAUUAUUGAGAUAUAGUGCAGAAUAGGCCCUUCUAUCCUCACCACUCAGCAACCCACCUACUUAAUCCUGGCCUAAUCGUGGGAUAAUGACCAAUGACCAAUUAACCUCAUCCAUACGUCUGGACUGUGGGAGGGAACCAAAGCACCCGGAGGAAACUCACAUGGUUACAGGGAGAGCAUGCAAACUCCUUACAGACAGCAGUGGUAAUUGAACCCAGGUCACUGAUACUGUAAAGCGUUGUGCUAACCACUGUGCCAUCUCACACCAAGCAGCAUUUAGAUCUUCCUUCACUAAACAAAACUGUAUCACAACUCAGAACAGAACAAACGAUGACAGCAAUUUUAUACAUAAAAUGUGAGACAGUGGACAGAUUGUGUUGUAAAUAUAUACUCAGUGGCACCUUUAUCAGGUACCUCCUAUACUUAAUAACACAGCCAUUGAGCGUAGGUUCAUGGUCUUCUGCUGCUGUAGUCCAUCUACUUCAAGGUUCAAAGUGUUGUGCACUCACAGAUGCUCUUCUGCACACUGCUGUUAUAUCGUGUGGUUAGUUGAGUUACUGUCACCUUUCUGUCAGCUUGAACCUGCCUAGCCAUUCUCCUCUGACCUCUCUCAUUCACAAGGUGUUUUCAUGUACAGAACUGCCAUUCACUAUGUUUUUAUUGUUUUUCACACCGUUUUCUGUAAACUCCAGAGACUGGGUUGUGUGUGAAAAUCAGCAGUUUCAGAGAUACUCAGACCACCCCAUCUGGCACCAAUAAUCAUUCUACAGUCAAAGUCAUUUGGAUCACAUUUCUCCCCCAUUCUGAUAUUAGGUCUGAACAAUAACUGAACCUCUUGACCAUUUCUGCACGCUUUUAUACACUGAGUUGCUGUCACAUGAUGGGCUGAUUAGAUAUUUGCAUUAAUGAGCUGGCAUACAGGCGAAUCUAGUUAUGUGACCACUGAUUGUAUGUGCAAUACUGGCAGCCAGCAUUCCAGGAAUGCAAUCCUAUUAAAGGAUUUUUCUAUCUCAACAAAUUUUUGGAGUGUGUUCAUUUUAUUUUAAAUCAGUAAUCACUCAUCUCCAGAAAGUAACUUGUGGGAUGGAGGUGGGAUGUUUGGGGAGGGUCGGUAGGACAGAAUACCCAGGAUCGUUUCUACCAUUCUCCUGUCCUGAACCUUUGCAGGAUCAUAUUCAGCAUCAGUCUGUGCUCUGCAGUACCUGACCUACCUGGGGCAGCAUGGUAGCACAGCAGUUAGCAAAAACGCUUUCAGCACCAGUGACUGGAAGACUGAGGUUCAAUUCCUGCUGUUGUGUUUGUACAUUCUCCCCAUGAUCGCGUGGGUUUCCUCCCACAGUUCUAAGACGUACCGGACAGAUUAAUUGAACAUUGUAAACUGUCCUGCGAUUAGAUUAAUGUUAAUUGGGGUUUGCAGAGGCAGUGUGGCUCGAAGGACUGCAAGACCGGACUCUGUGCUGUAUCACGAGACAAGCACUGUGCUGCUCAUUGGCACUGACAACACGCCCCACCACGGUAUGUUUUGAAGCACAUGCGAUAAAUAAAGCUAAUCUUUAAAAACCAGUAAAAGCUCACAUACUACUUAAGCAUCUACUUUAAUUAAUUCAGAGAUAUACAUCCCUUAAUAAAAUAUAAAACUGACAGCAGCAGACAGAUUGACAACCAAAAAUCAUCCAAUAUUGAAUUUCUAUUUGGAUUCUGAACAAACCAGGGUACAUUUUCAUUUUUAACCAGACAGAUUCCUAGAACACACAGCAACUAUUUACAAUUAAUUAAUAACACACACUCUAGUGUGGGCAUGUUUCAUAAUGUGGAUGUGUCUCCAAAUCUUCAAGUAGUGUUUUGGUUGAUAAACUUUGGUAAAAUUGCACUCUACAUGUUUCUAAACAAUCAGAGUAACAACUCUAUUAAUGACAGACAAGGAAAAUAACUACAGUUCACCAUGUUAUAUUUUCCAGUGAUCAGUUUUUCAUAAAUCCCCUUUUUAAAAAAAACUGUUCCUCUCUUUCUCUCUCUUCCCCCUCCCCCCCAUACCUCUUCUGAUAGGAAUAAAUAUCUGAAGCUCUGCAUUGCCAAACAAAUACAAUAUCGGUGACAGUGAGGUUCCUCCUCAAGUAGCACAACAUAUACUGUAGAGAGAGAAGUCUUUGUUAAAGUACGUCUGACACAAUCUGUUGUUAGUUAGUGGGGGUAAUCACACCUUCCUCG